AUGUUGUUUCUUCCAGGGCAAGGAGACGCCCCUCCUCCUGGUGUCGAGCUCUCAGAAGAUGUCGUCGAAAUCCUGGGCACACCUGAUACCAACACAGUCAUUUGUGGGCCGAAUUUACACAAAGAUUUAGUUUCCCGUUGGCAAAAAGCUGUGGCCGCGGGCUUGUCUGAAGAGGACAAAAAGGAACUUUGCAACAAGUAUCCUCCCCCCGAAAAUUUUCAAUACAUGGCGGCCCCAAAACUUAACCCGACGGAUUUCCAAAACGCUAACGAAGAUAUACCAUCGGACUCCUGGCUUUUCGACGACGAAAAUUUGGAGGAGCGUCUCAAGGCUUCCCACAGCUUGGAGGUGUCCGGGAAGACCAUAAAACCAAAACCGGCAAAAUCGGUUCGACUGAGUUGCUUAAGGCCUCCGCUUCCUAAGUAUAACAACACCUGGGAUCCAGGCAUAGUUUUGAACUAUAUAAAAAAUUCAUAUUCUACGAAUCCUACUUUAGAACAGUUAACUCUCAAGACGGCCAUGCUCCUAGCCUUAGCAACAGGCCAACGCGUCCAAACAUUAGCUAGUAUGGAAGUGUGUAAUAUUCAAAUUUCUCACAUCGGAUAG